ACAUACUGGUGUAGGCUUGGUUGUAUACGGACAUUGCAGUCUAUUGAUCAGCAAUGGAUCUCUUAAUCUUCCUUCAUACACAUGUAUACAUUUACAGAGGUUAAAGUACCAUUUGAAAAUGAGAUAUGGCUACAUGGGGGCCACCUCAGCCCAGAAAAAAUAUAAGGAAAUCGAAGAGAUCUGUCAAGCUAUACAUUACAAGCUAUACAGAUGAAUUUGACUCGGAGAGAGAUUACUUGAGCCAGGAGGUCUUGCCAGAAUUAAAGUCAUGGUGUGAAAGUAAAGAAUUGACAUUAAAGGAAAGAUUUGUGAAAUGGGGAUCCAAAACACCUCAGAGUCGACAUGUGGAUGAACUGGAAAAAACUCAGACCAGCAUAGAGAACUGUUACCAUAGCAGUAUAAUGCCUAUCUUUAUUAACAUUACAUGUGAGUCGGUUGGUUGGAUUCCUAUGUGGGAGGAGUAUCCAGAUGAAGACGUGGAGGAUUUUUUAGAGACCUAUGGAUUGUUAGUGGAGGAUCUAGAAGUUAUGAAGGCAGCAUACAGACAGGACAACAUGAACUCUCUAUUUUUGAUCAGAGAUGACUCAUUCCUUUGCCAGAUUCCAGAACCUGAUGCCGGUUACUUCUUGAAGAAAAGUACGGCAUCAGAGAAGCUCAAAUUAUUUGGGGACAAGAUCUCAGAAAAAAUACCAGCAAAGAGAAUUGUUAAAUACUCUGCUACAUAUUGUGGUAUCUCCAGAAAUACUGCUAGAAAACCUCAACUCAACUUCAGUUCUUCCUUUAAACAAACAAUCAUAGAUUUCUGCAAACAAAGGAUCUCCUUUGACUAUUUUGGUGAACAGCCUCGUCUUUCUUUAUCUGAUGAUAUUCCCAGCAAACUGGAACAUUUAGAGUACAUGAAAACCAAAAGUGAAGAUGUCAUUGGAAGAGAAGACAUACUCAAAAAAAUCGAGGAUUACAUCCAAAUUGAGGAUAAGGAUGUCCCUAUGCUGGUACUAGGAGAAGCUGGAUCUGGGAAAUCAUCAAUUCUCUGUAAAGCUGCUUCCUCUAUUUACAAUAAAGUUCAGGAUGAAGAGUUCCCUGG